GGCAAUAUAGGCCAGGAAAAUGUGUGUUACUAUAUUCUUGAACGAAAAAACGCCUUUCUAGGUCAUAAAAACAAGAAGUUCAAAAAGUCGAAAAAUAGACAUUUUUGCAAAGCUGUUGACUUAUGGUUUUGGUCAAAAAGUGACCAUUUUUCCAACUUUUUUUAAGGCAAUAUAGGCCACAGAAAUGUGUUUUUCUCUAUUCUAGAGCGCAAAAACGCCUUUCUAGGCAAUAAAAACAAGAAGUUCAAAAAGUCGAAGAAUUGACAUUUUUGCAAAGGGGUUAACCCAUCGUUUUGGUCCAGAAUUUGCGAUUUUUCCAUCUUUUUUUUUUAGGGCAAUAUAGGCCAGGAAAAUGUGUUUACUAUAUUUUAGACUGAAAAAACUGCUUUCUAGGCUAUAAAAACAAGAAGUUCAAAAAGUCGAAUAAUUGACAUUUUUCCAAAGGGGUUAACCCAUGGUUUUUGUCAAAAAUUGUCCAUUUUUCCAUCUUUUUUUUUUAGGGAAAAUAGGCCAGGAAAAUGUGUUUUACUAUAUUCUUGAACGAAAAAACGCCUUUCUAGGCUAUGAAUAGAAGAAAUACAAGAAGUCGAAAAAUUUACAUUUUGCUAAAGAGGUUAACGCAUGAUUUUGGUCAAAAAUUGGCCAUUUUUCCAUGUUUUUUUUUAGGUAAUAUAGGCCAGGAAAAUGUGUCUUACUAUAUUCUUAAACGAAAAAAUGCCUUUCUAGGUUUUAAAAACAAGUAGUUGAAAAAGUCGAAAAAUUGACGAUUUUCCAAGGGGGUUAACCUAUAGUUUUGGUUAAUAACUGGCCAUUUUUCCAUCUUUUUUUUGGCAAUAUAGGCCACUAAAUGUGUUUUACGAUAUUUUAGAACGAAAAAACGCUUUUUUAGAAUAUAAAAACAAGAAGUUCAAACAGUAGAAAAAUUGACAUUUUUCCAAAGUGGUUAGCCCAUGGUUUUGGUCAAAAAUUGGCAAUUUUGUUAAUUUAUUUUUUUAAGGCUAUUUAGGCCAGGAAAAUGUUUUUUACGAUAUUCUUGAACGAGAAAACGUUUUUGUAGGAAAUGGAGUCGAAAAAGAUGUUUUACGAAGUUAAAGAGUGGAAAAAUUGCCGGAAAGACGCGUUUUUGACAAGUUCAAUCAAGUUUUGGGAGUGGCUAUAUUGGAUUUUUCCAAAGGGGUUAACCCAUGAUUUUUGGGCAAAAUUGUAAAGUCUUUUAUUGAUCGGUUUUUUUUCCAGAUCGAGUAUAGAAAAUUUUUUUGCGAUAUUAAAAAGCGCUAAAAAUGUCGAAAAGGCACUUUUUAAAACGGUCGAUUUUGGGUGUGGCCAUAUUGGAUUCUUCCAAAGGGGUUAACUCAGGAUUUCGGGGCAUAAUUGGAAAGUCUCCUUUUAAUUGUGUUUUUGUCGAUAUAGAGUCGAAAAAGAUGUUUCACGAAGUUAAAGAGUGCAAAAAUUGCCGGAAAGACCCGUUUUUGACACGUUCAAUUUUGGGGGUGGCCAUAUUGGAUUCUUCCAAAGGGGUUAACCCAUGAUUCUAGGUUAAAAUGUCAAGGUUUUUCUCUAUUGUUUUUGUUGUCAAAUUGUCUAAUUUGACGAUGUUUUUAUCUGUUAAAAGGGCGGUAAGUAACCUUAAGAAGAGUUCGAUUUUGGGGGGUAACCAUAUUUGAUUCUUUUUCCAAAAGGUUAACCCAUGAUUUUAGGACAAAAUUUGAAAUUUCCUCUUCGAUUGUUUUUUUGUUUAAAUUAACCAAGACAGGGUUCAAGAGACCUUUUAUAAUUAUUUUGAUUUUGGGUGGUGGCCAUAUCCAAUUUUGUCUAAGGGGCAAGUUUAUGCCAUGGAGUCAAAAAUUGAAAUUUUCCGUAUGUGUUUUUUUUUGUUAGCUUAUUUUUGGGGGGGUCUUAACUAGUCACGAAAAGAUGUUUGACGAAGUUGGAAAUGAUAGUGUGAUGAGGCAAGCUUGUUUUGUGUAUACGGUCCGGGACCUCUUCUAG